AAGCAAAUAAGAAACAAAAUACAAAAAUCCAAUACUCCACUUUCCAUUUUUGUCUCUUUCUUCUGUUCGAUGAUCCAGGAACAAAACGGAUCUGGUCGCCGGAUUCUUACGUUCCCGGCGGUGCAUCCCUGCGAGAGCAUAGAAACAACGACGCUGCUUGCCUCGCUUACCAGUUUAGCCCUCCAAAUUUGCGAGUACAAGUCCAAAUGUUUCUCUACCAAUGCACGAAACGGGCGCCAAACGAUUCGCAUAGUCAGCAACCUUCUCCUAUUCCUCGAGGAAAUUCAACACGUUGCUGGUUCAGGUCUACCUGAUUCGGUUGUUCUAAGCUUGUCGGAGCUCCACUUGACGUUGCAGAAGGUUAGGAAUUUGCUAGAAGAUUGUACCCGGGGAGAUGCUCGUCUAUGGAUGUUAAUGGAGUCGGAUCGGGUGGCAAAUCAGUUCCGGAUGUUUGUUCGGGCAUUGGCUUUGGGUCUGGAUGUUUUGCCACUCGGUUUGCUCGAUGUGCCAAGCGAAGCGAAGGAGUUGAUUGAGUUGAUGAGGACGCAAGCGCGGAAAUCAAGAUUUGAAGUGGACCCAGAUGAUGAACGGGUCAUCAAAGAUGUUUUCUUGAUCUUGAACCAGUUAGAAAAUGGUAUUGUUCCUGAUGAGUACGAUAUCAAACGGGUUUUGGAUUCCAUUGGUGUCAAGAAAUGGAGCGACUGCAAUAAAGAAGUGAAGUUAUUGGAUGCAGAGAUUGGAUUGGAUUAUUCAAAUGAAGAGAAGAGAAGAGAGAUGCCAUUUUUAAGUAGCUUGAUGGGAUUCAUGAGCUAUUCAAGAUGCGUAUUGUUCGAUGCUGUCGAUAACAAAGUCGCCCAACAACAGCAACAUUCUAGUAGAUGCGACAGCGAUUUGCUUAGCUGCCUUAACAGCGACGAUUUUAGAUGCCCAAUAUCGCUUGAGAUCAUGAAAGAGCCUGUCACGAUAGCGACAGGGCAUACUUAUGAUCGAUCUUCGAUAUUGAAGUGGUUCAGGUCUGGAAAUCCCACUUGUCCAAAAACGGGCAAGAGACUCAGGACCACAGAACUAAUCCCAAAUUUAGUUCUCAAGGGGCUGAUUCAACAAUACUGCUUCCGAAAUGGCAUCCAUUUUGCCGAGUCUGGUCACAAGAAUCGUGACAUAACCAGGACUAUUCACGCAGGAAGUUUGGCAUAUGAGGGAACUAUGAGACUGGUUGCUGAUUUUCUUGCUGGUAAGCUGACAAAUGUAGAUGAUGAAGAAAGGAAUAAAGCAGCUUAUGAAAUUCGGCUUCUUAGCAAAGCAAGCAUUUUUAAUCGGUAUUGCUUGACAGAAGCUGGUGUGAUUCCAUAUCUAUUGAAGCUGUUGUUGUCUAAAGAAUCAAUGUCUCAAGAGAAUGCCAUUGCAGGUUUGUUGAAUCUUUCGAAACAUUCGAAGAGCAAAGCUGUGAUUGUUGAGAAUGGAGGAUUGGAACUGAUUGUAGAAGUUUUAAAGAAGGGAUCACAAAUGGAGGCUAAGCAGCACGCUGCUGCUACAUUGUUUUACCUAGCUUCGAUAGAGGACUACAGGAAAUUGAUCGGAGAGAAUACUGAGGCUCUACCAGCUUUACUAGACUUAAUUAGAGGAGGACAUGAUCGUGCCCAGAGGAAUGCGUUGGUUGCUAUCUACGGAUUGCUUACGCACCCUGAAAACCAUCGGAGGGUUCUCGCCGCCGGAGCAGUUCCUUUGCUUCUUUCACUUUUGACAUCUUCUGAAAGAGAAGAACGAGUAGCAAAUGCUUUAGCGGUUUUAGCUAGUCUAGCAGAAAAGGCUGAUGGCGCUAAGGCAGUUCUGCAAUCUGGAGCCUUGCCUCAAAUUGUGGGGGUUUUGGAUUCUUCCACUUCAAGGGCAGCAAAGGAGCAGUGUGUAGUUUUGUUGCUGGCUUUAUGCAUCAAUGGUGGUACAGAUGUGGUGUCCCUUUUGGUCAAGAGCCCUUCUCUCAUGGGAUCAUUAUAUUCCCAAUUGAGUGAAGGCACAUCUAGAGCAAGCAAAAAAGCAAGUGCUCUCAUCAGGAUUCUGCAUGAAUUCUAUGAAAGGAACUCUUCUGGCUCAAAGACUCCAAUUUUCUCUCGAGAACGAUUUGUUCACGUGUGGUAACCCAAGUUUUUUCGGGUAUUCCAACGUUAUUUUUUCGGUUUUCUUACAAGAAUGCCUCCAUGUAAAUACAUCAAAUUGUGGAGGGAUAGUUUCUUUUGAUGUUUGAUUUUCUGAUAUUAGCUCAGUUUUUUGAAGAGCUAAUAUCUCCACUAGCUUCUGUUUUUGUGUGAAGCUUGUAUUGUAAUUCUUUUUCCAGAUUUGUAACAGUAAUAAUUUAUUACAUUGUUUAAAAAUAAAUCAUCAGAAAUGCAAUAAAAGCAAGAAUUUUUUAA